AUGAGAUACCAAAAUUGCGUGAGUGUACUAUUUCCUCUUCUCCUCUGUUGCUGUUACUCACUCGUAGCUGCGCAAAAUCUGCCAUACAAAGCCGUAAAUCUGGGGAAUUGGCUCGUUACGGAGGGCUGGAUGAAACCAUCUCUUUUUGAUGGCAUAGUCAACAAAGAUCUCUUGGAUGGAACUCAAGUACAAUUGAAGUCCAUCAAGUUACAGAAGUUUCUCGUGGCUGAAAACGGAGGAGGGACUGGAGUUUCAGCGAACCGCGAUUCUGCUUCUGGUUGGGAAACUUUUACGUUGUGGAGGGUGAACGAUUCCACCUUCAAUUUCAGAGUGUUCAGCAAGCAAUUCUUUGGUUUAGAUGCUGCAAAGAAGCUAGUCGCCACUUCUAACUCAACCACAAACCCAGAAACGUUUCAGAUUAUAAGAAACACUAGUCACCCAUCCAAAAUUCGAAUCCAAGCAUCAAACGGUCUCUUCUUACAGGCUCAAUCGGAGACAGUGGUGAGUGCAGAUUACAAAGGAUCGACAAAUUGGGAAGACAGCGACCCAUCUGUGUUCAAUAUGACAACUGUGAAAACAUUACAAGGAGAGUAUCAAAUUACUAAUGGUUAUGGCCCUAAUAGAGCACCUCAAGUCUUGCAGGAUCAUUGGAAUACGUAUAUAACUGAAGAAGAUUUCAGAUUCAUGUCACAAAAUGGGUUGACUGCUGUAAGAAUUCCUGUGGGUUGGUGGAUAGCCUACGACCCCAACCCUCCGAAACCUUUUGUCGGUGGAUCUCUUGCAGCAUUGGACAAUGAUUUCACUUGGGCCCAAAACCACGGGAUGAAAGUGAUAGUGGACCUUCAUGCAGUUCAAGGUUCACAGAAUGGGAACGAUCACAGUGGAACAAGAGACGGAUAUAUUGAAUGGGGAGAUUCAUACAUACCAGACACAGUUACAGUAAUUGACUUCUUAGCAAAAAGAUAUGCGAACAAACUUAGUCUAGGAGGAAUCGAACUGAUGAACGAGCCAACAUUAGGGCCGAAUCUGGAUAGCCUGAAGAAGUAUUACCAGCAAGCUUAUGAUGCAGUGAGGAAAUACGCUAAAACAACUCAUGUCAUCAUGUCAAACCCAUUGGAUCAUGGCUCCAAAGAGCUUCUCUCAUUUGCUGGGGGAUUCGAUCGAGUAGUGAUUGACGUGCAUUAUUACAAUUUGUUUGGGGUUCAGUUCAGGAACAUGAAUGUGCAACAGAACAUCGAUUAUAUAUAUAACCAAACAGCUUCGGAUCUCAACGGAAUCACAACCAGCAAUGGUCCUCUCAGUUUCGUAGGGGAGUGGACAGCAGAGUGGAACGUACAGGGAGCGUCAAAGGAAGAUUAUCAGAGAUUUGCAAAAGCACAGUUGGAUGUGUAUUCUCGAGCCUCUUUUGGAUGGGCCUAUUGGGCUUAUAAAUGCCAAUUUAACCACUGGAGCCUCAAAUGGAUGAUUGAGAAUGGCUAUAUAAAGCUCUAGCCCAUUGCCUGCCUCAUGAAAUUUUCGUAUUCACUCGUCUCCCAGAUUAAAAAAUAAAAUAAAAUUAUGGAAUGAAUAAGAAUAAAGAAUACGAACUCUUGGAUUUGUAUGUUAUCCAUUACUGUAUAGUGAUAU